GGUCAAUAUAAUAAUUAUAGUUCUCAACGAGUGUAAGUACUUGUAGUCUAAUCUAAGGCAAGGACAAAAUUAAAUGUAAAGUUACCUGUAUUUUCAGUUAUUCUAAAAUAAGUUAAAUAGCAUAAUUUAUCAAAUUUUUUACUAAUUAUUUAAAUAAUAAUAGAAUAUUAUUUGCCUUUAAAAUAAGCCAAAAGUUAUUAAAUUACUUAUUAAAUUGUAAUAUUGUUUUCAGGAAUGUUUUUUUGUUAAAGUUUAUGAUCAUAUUAUUUAGUUGAAGAUAAUGGUAAUGCUUAAUUAAAGAACUAUAAAAUGUUAUGCUUUAUAUGCAUACAAAGAUAUGAUUCAUAUAAGUAUUAGGAAUUAUUGUUACUUCCAAGAUAAAUUGUUUAAGACUGAAAAUUUCUACAUUAAAUUGCAGUAAAAUUAUCCAAUUUCACUAUCAAAUAGCCUAUAUAUAGCCUAUAUUUUUUUUAAUAAUAUUAUUUGUUACAAAUAAGGUUUAAUGUAACUCUAUUUAAAUUUAUUUUAAAAAAAAUGUUUUUAUACAGUUGCAGUCAACAACAAAAAACUGAAACAUUCUUUUUUUGGGAUUCUCCAUAUUGAUUUACAUUGUGAACAAAACCACACAUUUUAUUAAAACAUUUAAUAGGUUAUAAAGGCUCAUUGGGUUGUUUGGAUAGGUCAGAAGCUAACCUUAAGCUCAAUAUCUUGCUAAAGAUUAAUAUAUAUAAUAUCUGUAAUUUAUCUAUAGACUGCUGCAUGACAAUGGGAGAAACCAUCACAUGUGAACAAACCAUGCAAGAAAAAGUCAGUAAAUUAACUGACUUGUUUGAAAGCUUCAAGGUUAAUAAAGCAUUGAUGGACCGUAAACUACUGACAAGGGUUAUUGCACUGGAAGACAAAACCAAGGAUCUACUUACAAAGAAUACAGAAGAAAGAGUCAGCAGGGAUAUCCUAGAAGAAAGAUUGUGUGAAUUUGUUCAGAAUCAGGUCGUAGAUCUGGAAAAAAGGAUGGAGGAUCAGAUUAUUCAAAUGAAGAUGCAAAUAAGAGAUGCAAUGGUCGAAUUUACAAAUUUCAUCACAGACUUCCAUCAAAUGAAAUCAGCUUUACGAUCACAGCACAGAGACACAAUAAAUUGUAGAGAGGAAACGCUUGAAAUAUCAGAUAGGCUGCGAGGGCUGCAGAAAGAGAGUUUGGCAGAGAGAAUAAGGAUAGAAGAAUCAAUAAUCCAAUGCAGAGAACAGG